AUGGCUGCGUGUGUACAUGCGCGCAUGGCUGCAUGUGUACAUGCGCGCAUGACUGCGUGUGUACAUGCGCGCAUGACUGGCGUGUGUACAUGCGCGCAUGACUGCGUGGUACAUGCGCGCAUGACUGCGUGUGUACAUGCGCGCAUGACUGCGUGUGUACAUGCGCGCAUGACUGCGUGUGUACAUGCGCGCAUGACUGCGUGUGUACAUGCGCGCAUGGACUGCGUGUGUACAUGCGCGCAUGGACUGUCUGUGCCCCUGCUGCUGCCUGCCGCCAUGUGCGCCUCUCCUCCACUCGCCACUCACUCCUUCUUCCGUCCGCUCUCGUCAUUCCCCACCCCCCAUCCGCCCCCAACCCACCCGCCCACCACCCUUUUAUGCGCGCUUGCUCACGCGGGCGCAUCUGUGUCGCAACGGAGGCGAGGCAGGGGGAGGGGCGAGGCGGUGUGUGAGGAGGUGAGGGCGGCAGCGGGGGCGGCAGGGAGUGCGACGUUCAUAGAGUGCGACAUCACCGACGCCUCUGCACUUGACAGCCUCCUCUCAGGUGCCCCGGGUGUCACGUCUCCCAUUGACCAUGGCCGCGCCGUGCACUCAACCCCCUCCUCUCAUGUCGCCCUCUCAGCUCCGACUCUCACAUCUCUCUCCCAUGGACCACGCCGUGCCUGCCCAUGCCAUUCUCUCCCAUCCUCUGCCUCUGCCGCUGCUGCUGCCUCGCCCUCUCCCUAUCCUUCCCCAUUUUCCCGUGCCUCUCCCCAUUCUUUAACCCUCACCCCCCCAACCGGUCUGCAUCACCUCCUACUCUCUCCAUCACCUCCCUCCCCCUUUGCUCCCCCGCCCCGCCCCGUCCUCUGCCUGUUCGCAGGAGCCGACCUCGUGGUGCACUGUGCGGGGCCCUUCCAGCAAGAACCGAACUGCACCGUUCUAGAAGCAGCCAUCCGCACCAAGGUGGGCUGCCUGCCUCUCAGGCCUCUUCCUCCUCUCUCCCCUCCACACACCCUACCACACCGCUCGCUUGCGGUGCCCAUCACCUGCCCCGUGCUACGCCGUACGUGGACGUGUGAGGACGGCGUGACGUUUUUUUCCAGUCGACUCAAAUAUCGCCAUUCACCCCCUCUCCCCUCUCCCAACAUUCCCCUCCCCCAGACGCUAUACGUGGACGUGUACGCCCUACGUGGGACGUGUGUGACGACGUGGCGUUCGCUGCCAACGCGCGCUCGCUGCACGGGGCUGCAGUGGCGGCGGGUUGAUGCCGGCCAUCACCACCGCCGGCAUCUACCCGGGCAUCAGCAACUGUGCGUGGGGUCAAGGAGGCGGGCGGGAGUGAGAUGUGCAGCAAGUGGGAUGUCGGGGGAUACAUGGGUUUGGCGAGGGGAAGGAGGGGAAAGCUGCCGUGAGGCGUUGUGGGGUGGGGGGGACCACGGUUCGUCUGUCUCAUGCUCCAUCCGACGUGCAAUUCCGACGUCCAAACCACUGCUUGUUGCCACGCUACGUGCGUGGUCCAUCCAUCCCAAGGCCACCGUGCCAUUCCCUGCUCUCCUGUGUCUCCUCUCUGCAGUGAUGGCAGCGGAGCUGGUGCGGCUAGCGGGGGAGGAGGGGGCGCGCAUGGAGGAGCAACAAGGCCAGCAGCAGGCCGCCCUCGGCCUUCGACCAAGAGCCUGCGUUCCAUCUUUAUCAUGUCGUGUCGUUUCUCUGCACCUGUCUCCUCUCCUGCACCGUCGCAUUCCUCUCACCCACUCCCCUCCCCCAUGCCCCUCGCUUCUCUUCUCUCUCAUCUGCCCACCAAAAACGUCCCUCCCCCUCUCCCCAGCUUGUCGUAUUUCACGCGCGGCACGGGGGGGCGGGUUUCACCAUCCUGACCACCAGCCUGCUGCUGCUGGGGGAGCCUGCCACGGCCUUCAAGGACGGUGCCUCACUCACCCCGUGCCCUCCUCGUCUUGCCCUUCCCUCCCCUCCCCCCUCUCCCCGCCAGGGCAGCGCCUGCAGCUGCCAGCGUACAGCCGGCAGCGUCUGGUGGACUUUGGGCCGGGCGUGGGGGAGAGAAGCACGUACCUGCUCAAUCUACCGGAGGUGGUGUCAGCGCACGAGGUGCUGGGGGUGCCCACGGUGUCGGCGCGCUUUGGCACGGCGCCACACAUGUGGAACUGGGGCAUGCAGCUGCUGCACGCCCUGGUGCCUCAGGUGCAUGCUCUGCUCCCUGCUGCCCUCCCUGUUGGGAAGGCCGUGCUGCAUGACCGCAGGGCAGUGCAGCGCAUGGUGGGCGCGUUGGAGCCGCUGGUGCGCGCUGCAUGCUCACACCAUCCCCAUCCAUCACUCCCCUCCUUCCCCCCCCCCCCCCCCCGCCCCGCUGCCGCCACACACCUGCCGCACAUGUGCAUGGACCGCAGCGCGUGCGCGCGCAUCGUGUGGGCGCGUUGGAGCCGCUGGUGCGCGCUGCUGAUGGCAGCGCGGGAGAGAGGGUCGCCAUGCGGGAGUGUGGGCGUGGCCACAGCAGCGUUUGCUGUCGCCCUGCUGGAAGGCACGUCCCUGCCAGGCGUGCACUACCCCGAACAGGUUGAGGCCAUCCCAGUGGUGCAGCGAGAGAAGCUAUUGCAACGCGCCACUCUGGGCGCACGGUUCUUUGCCAUCAACAAGUGA